GCAUAAAUUGCAAGCUAAGUGGUGGGUGAGAGCCGAGGGGUGUCCCUAAUCCACCGUGUCAUGUCUUUCUCCGCCCACAGUAUAUAUAACACCGGUUUUCCCUCUUUCCUCGUUGGAUCUCCCCACAAAUCACAAUCCUAUCCAAUUCCAAUCUAAUCCUUAACGUCACAAUCUUCCUCUCUUCUCUCCUCGUCUUACGUUGUUAGGUUUAUGUCUUCUAUCAUGUUUUUUCGUUCAAAUCUAUGAUUUUUUCAUUCUUUUCUCUUUCAAACUCUAACUUAUACCAUUCAUAACCCUUUUCAUUUUUCUGAAUUGGGUUUAAUAAUAUUUUCGCUAUUUUUUAUUGGGUCAUUCCCAAGUUUCAUUCUUUAAUUAAUAAUGGUGACGGUGAAUCUGGGAAUGCUUCAUUAUGUAUUAGACCAUGUUUAUGGAGCAUUCAUGCAUAGAACUAGAAUCAGCACUCCAUUUUUCUCAAGAGGAUGGGGUGGUACAAAACUAGACAUGCUUGAAAAGAUGAUCAAUCAAUUGUUCCCUGAUUUGGGUAGACAAAAUUGGCCUCCAACUAUGAUUCAACCUGUUUGGAAAACUGUUUGGGAGACUAGAACUGCUUGUUUGAGAGAAGGGGUUUUUAGAACACCUUGUGAGGAUCAACUUCUUGGUGCAUUGCCUCCUGAGAGUCACAUUGCUAGGGUUGCUUUUCUUAUGCCUAAGUCUGUUCCCCCUCAGCAUAUGGCUUGUGUUGUUCAUCUUGCAGGAACUGGGGACCAUACGUUUGAAAGAAGACUGCGUCUUGGUGGUCCGUUGGUUAAGGAAAACAUUGCAACCAUGGUGCUUGAGAGUCCAUUCUAUGGACAAAGACGUCCUGUGCUACAGCGGGGUGCAAAACUUUUGUGUGUCAGCGACUUGCUUCUAUUAGGAAGAGCAACCAUCGAAGAGGCACGCAGUCUCUUACACUGGUUGGACUCUGAGGCAGGUUUCGGCAAGAUGGGUGUUUGCGGUCUUAGUAUGGGAGGAGUGCAUGCUGCAAUGGUUGGAUCACUUCACCCUACACCUGUUGCUACACUCCCUUUUCUCUCACCACAUUCUGCCGUUGUGGCAUUCUGUGAGGGGAUUUUAAAGCACGGCACUGCCUGGGAAGCACUGAGAGAUGACCUUGCAGCCGAUAAAGUUGCAAUGACUCUCGAGGAGGUGAGAGAACGGAUGAGAAAUGUGCUAUCACUCACUGAUGUGACACGCUUUCCACUUCCCAAAAAACCUGAUGCUGUAAUCCUCGUUGCUGCUACUGAUGAUGGAUACAUUCCGAAACACUCGGUCCUAGAACUGCAGAAAGCUUGGCCAGGUUCUGAGGUGAGAUGGGUCACGGGCGGUCAUGUCUCAUCGUUCCUUCUCCAUAACGGCGAAUUUCGAAGGGCCAUUGUCGAUGGUCUAGAUAGAUUACCAUGGAAAGAAUCUCCAUUGUGAGAAUAGAGUUAUCGCAAUUGAGGAAAAUAUUUAUUUUAUAUUGUAUAACUGUGUAACAUGCUUAGUUGAUUCCUUAACUCCUUCCCCAAAUGAAGAGGGAAUGUGUUGUACAUUAUUAUCAAGAACAUGUACAUUAAGAGGGAAUGUGUUUUUAAAUAACCUGAUAAACUUGGAUUGGAAUUCACCUGUCUUGAUCUCAGUUUGAAGUUUAUGAUAUUCAAUUAUUCAUUA